AUGGCUGCUGGUGCUGAGGUUUCUAUUGAGAGCCCAGUUGUUGCUAAGACCAUUACUGAUGAGAAAAUUGAUAGUUUAGAUUCUGUCGAGUCGAGGGAAAAUGAUGUGACUGAUAAUGGUCUUAAGUGUUCUGAUUCGAACCCGAAAACCGGUAUGCAAAUGAAAGGAAUUGUUGAUAUGCUGCAGAAGCUCAAGUUGAACCCCAUGGCCAAGGAGUUUUUCCCAUCCUCCUACCAUCAGGGCCAAAUGGGGGCUCAAAAUUUUGUGCCUAGUGAAUUUUUUUUAGGAAAUGAUGGUUUUUCGAACAAUCGAAAGAGAAGGAACAACUAUAACCAGGUUAAGAAUAGAUUGGGUGGCAGAGCUUCUAGAGCUCAGAGAGAAGAUAGUAUUAGACGAACUGUCUAUGUUUCGGACAUUGAUCACAAUAUCACCGAGGAGCAGCUAGCUGCAUUAUUCAGUGGCUAUGGACUGGUUGUUGACUGUAGAGUUUGUGGGGAUCCACACUCUCAUCUUCGCUUUGCAUUUGUGGAAUUUGCCGAUGACUAUUCUGCUAGAGCUGCCCUUAAUCUUAACGGGACACUUUUGGGUUUCUCCCCCGUGAAAGUUUUGCCUUCGAAAACUGCUAUUUUGCCUGUGAACCCGACUUUUCUUCCCAGGUCAGAGGAUGAACGCGAAAUGUGCGCCAGGACAGUUUACUGCACAAACAUUGAUAAGAAGGUCACUCAAGCUGAUGUCAAGAGUUUCUUCGAAACAAGAUGUGGAGAGGUCUCACGCUUGCGGCUCCUUGGGGAUCAAGUGCACUUCACAAGGAUUGCUUUCGUAGAAUUUUUCAUGGCUGAGAGUGCAAUAGUGGCCCUCGAUUGUUGUGGUGAAGUUCUCGGGUCCCAACGCAUCAGGGUAAGUCCUUCGAAAACGCCCGUGAGGCCACGUAGUCCCCGCCCGGGAAUGCAGUAA